AUGUCUUGUGCUAAUAUAAUCGUGAAUUGUUUUUUUACAGCUCUAUGCAUCUUAGUAACACAUCUUUUACUCAAGGCAAAAGUCAACUUCAUCCCAGAGAGUGUUGCAAUUGUUUUCCUAGGUGCACUUAUAGGUCUCACAAUGAAACUUCUAUCAAACCAUGGUUUGGCAAAUUGGCAGAAAGAAGAAGCCUUUCCCCCUACACUGUUCUUCUUGCUAAUGCUGCCUCCCAUCAUAUUUGAGUCGGGAUACAACUUGCACAAGGGUAAUUUCUUUCAGAAUAUAGGCUCUAUUCUUACAUUUGCUGUGCUAGGAACAACAGUGUCAGCGUUUAUAAUAGGAGGCGGACUUUACUUUCUAGGACAGGCAGAGGUCGUCUACACGUUCAGUGCGGUCGAGAGCUUCGCGUUCGGCUCGCUCAUCUCGGCAGUCGACCCCGUCGCGACCUUGGCGAUCUUCCAGGCGAUCGACGUCGAACCCGUGCUCUACAUGCUCGUGUUUGGCGAGAGCGUGCUGAACGACGCCGUCGCCAUCGUGCUGACGACAACCGUGUUGGAGUUGGAAAAAUCACAGAACGCCGACAUGACGGCCGGCGCUUCGUUCCUGCAGGCAGUCGGAACAUUCUGCAUGAUGUUCUUCGGUUCGGCGGCGAUCGGCGUCGUCACCGGACUCGUCAGCGCUCUAUUUUUGAAGCAUAUCGAUCUGAGGAACACACCGUCAUUAGAAUUUGGACUCAUGAUGAUAUUUUCAUAUCUUCCAUAUGGCCUUGCUGAGGGGCUGCAUCUAUCAGGAAUCAUGGCCAUUCUGUUCUGCGGUAUAGUGAUGUCACAUUACACUCAUUACAACUUGUCACCGGUGACUCAAAUCACUGUCCAGCAAACAUUCAGGACAUUGUCCUUCAUGGCAGAAACUUGUGUGUUUGCAUAUCUUGGAAUGGCGAUCUUUAGCUUCAACCACAUACUUAAACCUGCCACUGUUAUCUGGGCAAUUGUUCUGUGUUUGCUGAGUCGUGCUACAAACAUCUUCCCGUUGUCAUACCUGUGCAACUAUUUCCGCGAGCACAAGAUCACGAAGAAGAUGCAGUUCGUUAUGUGGUUUAGCGGGCUGCGCGGGGCUGUUGCCUAUGCGCUCUGUCUACAUUUGGGCUUUCAGGGAGAGAAAGGGCGAAUCUUGGUUACGACAACCCUGGUGACGGUUCUCUUUAGCGUGCUCAUCCUCGGAGGCUCGACGAUGCCGAUACUCAAGUUCCUCAAUACCCAGACUCCAGCCAGGGUAGGCCGCACCCGCAAGCCCAAAGAAGUGACGCUCAGCAAAACCAGAGAAAUGGGUGACGCAGUCGACUCGGAGCAUCUAUCCGAGAUGACUGACCAGGAAUACGAGGUGAACUUUGUGCGACCCCACCUGACGGGUUUCGUGAAGCUCGAUGUGCGCUAUCUGAACCCGUUCUUCACUCGACGCUUCACGCAGCAGGAACUGCCGAGAUGGAAGGAGCGAGAUAUCGAAACUGACCAAUCGCGUAACCAGGAGGUCGCGGGCGAAACGGUGGACAUCGGAUAUGACUUCCGAUAA